AUGAUCAAUCUUGAUAAUAAACGUGUUAUUGUUUCCUCGAAUGGUGAUAUUGAAAUACCACCAAUUAUCGACCAAGACAACUUAAAAUUAUUAAAAACAUUAUUAUGGAAAUUAGAUACUCGACUAGUGCCAUUUUUAGCUUUACUUUAUCUUUGUUCAUUUUUGGAUCGAAUUAAUAUUGGAAAUGCUAGACUAGCCGGUUUACAAGCUGAUCUUAACAUGACAGACGCACAAUAUAGUUGGUCACUAUCAAUAUUUUUUUUUGGAUAUGUUUUAUUUGAAGUUCCGUCAAAUAUUAUGUUAAAACAGAUUGGUUCAAAAAUAUGGCUUUCAACUCUUAUGAUCAUGUGGGGAACCAUCAUGAUUUUGAUGGCCUUUGUGCGUUCACCGAGCGGUUUAUUAGCUACAAGAUUUUUUCUCGGUGUAUCAGAAGCGGGACUAUUUCCCGGUGUGGUCUUCUAUCUAUCCCUAUGGUAUACUCGACGUGAACAAACAAUUCGAAUCGCUCUAUUCUAUUCGGCUGCCGUUUUUUCAGGAGCAUUUGGAGGAGUUUUGGUAAGAUAUUUUUAACUAGUUGAUAUUAUAAUUGAUUAGUCAUAUGAGGUAGUUACUCGUUCAAAAUAACUUGAUUGUAUUGGAAAAUUUUACGAGAUAUCGAGAUAUCGAGAUAGACAUAAACAUAUGAAAGUUUGUCUUAAGUCGUGUGCUCUUGGAAGCGUUAAAGAAGAAAAUAUAAUAACAAAGAAAAUCCGCUCUAUUUUAGACUUAACUCCGUGAUAUCGAAAGUGAACGAGCACAUGAUUUUAUGGUGUUGUGUAAUAUUGGCUUUUGCUUCAGUGAUGAUAUUUGCUGAAAAAGUCGAUGCUGCGAAUUUGUUACAAUAUGUUUUUAGUACUUUUUUCUGCAUAAAACAAAACUAUAUUUCCGCCACUUAUUGGAACCUAUCGAGUAAAAACCUGCAGUCUGAAUCUGCUUUCAUAGUUUCCUCUUUAAAUAUACUUAACUCUCUUAUUUCCGUUUUGUUUCUUCAUGAAGAAACUCAGAAACUUAUCGGAUAUUUGAAUUCUAUGUCUUGAAUCAAUGUCUGAUAAAUAGUCAAGGGGAAAACGCAAGGGGGAAAAAGCAUACUUCUGUACUUCUGGUACUUCUCCGUACUUCUUGAUACUUCUUCGUACUUCUUCGUACUUUUUUGUACUUCUCCGUACUUCUGAAGUACGGAGAAGUACAAAAAAGUA